UGCGCAGAAGUUGCUAGUCACAGGAGCCACAAUGGCGUUUGUAGUCUCCUGUAGACAGGGCUGUGGAUGUUAUUAAAUCCACUAGCAUCGCCCAAACUAUAGGCCUGGUUGAUUUCCAGAGCCAUUGAUAAUAAACUGGAACAUCUACUGCACACGAAAAUACUAUAAUUUCUGAUAAAUAUUGAAUUUAUAGGGGAUAAAAGUUGUAUUAAAGGGAACAUGUAGAUACUAGCAACCGGGUCAAGUUUUCAUUUUGAUCGAGAAACGAGCACCUUUUAAUGAGGACAUUUGCUUGUUUCUGAAAGCAAAGACCGUAGCUCUGUGGAAUAAAAAACACCUUUACUUAACUUGGCACCGGACAAGGACAGCUUUCACAAAGGGACUUUUUCUUUUUUACGAGUCGGCUCGCUAGCCGCCGAGUAUUAGCUAGCAGUGCUAGCUAAAUUGAAAGGGAGACCAGAGCAAAUACUCCGAUGUUUGGUUGGAUUUUCUUUCGUCCACUGACUACUCAAAGUAACUUCAUAGAACUGGGAAAACCAUCGUGGCAUUUUUUUCCUGCUUUGACGAACUAUUCUGGAUCUCUCUAUGGAAUGAAUCGGCGCUGAGGACGACUGGACGUGAGCGGCCUGCUGUGUUUAUUCUGUGUGUUUAACCAUCACUUUUUGCUUAGCGACACUUUUGUUUUAGCGUCCGAGUAGCUGCUGUUCUCCCGUGGAUGAGUUGCGUGAUUGGCAGAGGCCCAGUAGCAGAAGAGCAGGUUACUGACGAUUGGCGUGAGGGAUGCCUGGGUCGGACCGAUACCAUGGGACCAAGAGGAAGCCGGAAUCGAGCGUCAGCGGUGCUCUACACCAAACCCAGGCCCCGACUCAUACCUCUGCAGGAGACAUGACGAGCAAAGACUCGAAGGUGCAGUUAAAACUUUUAAUGUCUGCUUCCUCUUCUAAACGUAAAAGGCACAAAUCAACAAAACAUAAUCGGGAAUCCACGGUGUUAGCGCGACCCGAAUAUUCUGCCCUCGGUAUUACGGCGCCUCCUGGUGUCAACACGGUGAAGCCUCUGGUGGAGUACGACGAUAUCAGCUCCGACUCGGACACUUUUUCGGAGCCACCGUCCAUCAGGCCCCCCGAUAGGGUGGUUGAUGAUCGACUGGAGCUUUCGCCAGACUACGAUAGGGAAGAUAUCGGUGCAGAAAUCCCUGUUCGAGAGAACCGGGUGCCUAGACACUCUAGAAAAAAGCCUAAAGACCCUAACAAAGUUAGAGACUCUGGUAAUGGAGAACGUGGGUACAGGAAAAAGAGCAGCAAAGAGAAGAACAGUGCUGGAAAGAGCAAAGAGAAGAUUGCCUCAGUUGGCUCUUCAUCCAAAUACCAAGUUCAGUCAGAAGGGGACUCUAAGCGUGGUGACACGAUGCUGGUCUCUCAGACACAACCUGUACAAAGUGUAGGAAGUACUACAUCCUCCACAUCAUCAUCUCGCAGCAAGGAGAGCAGCCGCUCAGGGAAGGUUCGCAAAGAUAGGCAGCAAAGAAAAGAAGGUCGUGGCGAGGGCAGCCGCACCUCUUCCCAAAGGAGCCGGACAGACCGAAGCCACCGUAAGUCCUCCAAGAGCCACAAGUCCAGCCCUAAGGGCAAGUCUUUGAGUAGGGGGAGCCCUCGCAGAAAGGGGACUAGCUCCGCUCUUUCCCCCAGUCCCAGAAGAGGAACUGGCAGUGACAGCCCAUUGGGCAGUGGGUAUGUGCAACAGGGGGAUGACGGCUAUUACAGGAGAAGGGUGGCCCAGCACAGCCCGAGUCCAUACAGAGAGAUGACCCGUCGUAGCAGGCAAAGAUCAGAAAGCCCCUACGGCAGCAGACACAGGUCCUCCAGCUAUGAGAGGGACAGCAGCCCCUACUCACGGAGGCGCUCCGUCAGUCCUUAUGGUAACCGCAGAUCCUCCAGCACCAGCCCCAUGUCUCGACGUUCAGCUCGCUCCAGGAGUCGUUCGCCUCUGCUGUAUACUUCUCGACGGUCCUCCUCACGUUCCCGUAGCAAGAGGCAUACUUCCUCUGUUGGGGUAGGGGGCAGCUCUCACAGCAGUCGACCAACCAGCCGUUCCCCUCCCUCCACCCACCUGCCGCUAAACUCCAGCCUGGGGGCAGAGCUGAGUCGCAGGAAAAAGGAGCGUCAGGCUGCUGUUGCUGCUGCUGCUGCAGCAGCGGCGGCUGCUCGUGCUGGCAGUGGGACUUCCUCUCCACCACCAACACGCAAAGCCACAGGUGGGCAGACGUCUUCCUCACGGCCUGCUAAAGCUGAGCCACCACAGCCAGAGAAAGACCCAGCACCAGUACCCGAACCUCAGCCGCCGCCACCUGUACAGUUACCCCAAGAUACUCCUGGAACUGAAGAUCAAGUUACACCUGCCCCUCUGCCUUCCUCUUCCACCUCUUCUCCUACACCACCUUUGCCGCAAACAUCUCCCCCAAUUCAACCGUGUCCAGCCACCCAUAUACCACCACCCCCAUCCCAAUUAGAAGAAAGUAUUCAGCCGCCUCCCCUACAUAUAUUGACAUCACAGGAGAAAUCGCCAGCUCCAGUUUCUUUACGCAGCCCGGUCCGGCAGACCGCUCUUCACAAGACGUCAACUCUACCCCCGCUGCCUUUACCACCCAUGCUGCUGGGGGACACUCAGGACAGUCCAAAGAAGUCUACCCCUCCCCAGAGGCCAUCUCGAAAAGAGAAAGAAGUACGCAGCCGGCCAUCAUUGAUCGAUCUUCCUUUACCUCCUACUCUCCUUGGAGCUGACGCUUCACCGCCGCAGUCCCCCAUCCACCUGACUCCUCUACUUCCCCCGCCAGUCCUUAAAAAGAGACCAAAGAUUUGUUGCCCACGGUAUGGUGAGCGUCAACAUACCCAGAUUGACUGGGGCAAACGGUGUGUAGAUAAAUUUGAAAUAAUCGGAAUUAUAGGUGAAGGCACCUAUGGUCAAGUGUACAAGGCUAAGGACAAAGACACUGGUGAAUUGGUGGCUCUGAAAAAAGUGCGUUUAGACAAUGAAAAGGAGGGUUUCCCCAUUACAGCCAUCAGAGAGAUCAAGAUCUUGCGACAGCUUAAACAUCGCAGUGUUGUCAACAUGAAGGAGAUUGUCACUGACAAACAAGAUGCACUCGACUUUAAAAAAGACAAAGGUGCUUUUUACCUCGUCUUUGAGUACAUGGAUCACGACCUGAUGGGCCUGCUUGAAUCAGGCCUGGUCCAGUUUUCACAUGAGCACAUUCGCGGCUUCAUGCGCCAGCUGAUGGAGGGCCUGGACUAUUGCCAUAAGAACAACUUUUUGCACAGAGACAUCAAAUGUUCAAACAUACUGCUAAAUAACAGAGGUCAGAUCAAACUGGCUGACUUUGGGUUGGCUCGGCUUUACAAUUCAGAGGAAAGUCGGCCAUACACUAAUAAAGUAAUUACACUAUGGUACCGCCCCCCUGAGCUCCUGCUGGGAGAAGAGAGGUACUCACCAGCCAUUGAUGUGUGGAGCUGUGGGUGUAUUCUGGGAGAGUUGUUCACCAAGAAGCCUAUUUUCCAAGCUAACCAGGAACUUCUACAGUUGGAGUUAAUCAGUCGUCUGUGUGGAAGUCCUUGUCCUGCUGCGUGGCCCGAUGUCAUUAAACUUCCACUUUUCAACACCAUGAAGCCCAAGAAGCAGUACAGACGACGACUGCGGGAGGAGUUCGCCUUUUUACCUACUCCUGCACUGGACUUGCUGGACCACAUGCUGACCCUUGACCCUUCACGGCGUUGCACAUCGGAGCAGUCUCUCAACAGUAGCUUCUUGUGUGAUGUGGAGCCUAGCAGGAUGCCACCACCAGAUCUUCCGCACCAUCAGGAUUGCCAUGAGCUGUGGAGUAAGAAGAGACGACGUGCACGUCAGAGCGGGGUGCAGGAGGACGCACAUGUGCCCAAAGUGCUCCAAAAGGAUGCAACACUGACCUCUACUGGAGAGAAAAGUCAGACUCAAGCCAGUCCUCCUGGAGCUCCACCCCCUCCGCGUGGAAAACCGCCCUCAACAAAUAUCGCAGAAAGUGAGCUGUCAGGCCUGGGAGCUGCUGCUGAGCAGUUAAACCAGACGGAGAUGGCGGUGCUGCUGAACCUCUUGCAGAGACAGAGUGACCUCAGCCUGCCUCAGGUGGCUCAGCUACUCAACAUGUCCACUCCAGAAUCUCUCAUCCAGUCUUUGUCCGCCCUGAACGAGGCUUCUGACCACCAGGGGGCUCCAGAGGACCAAGCUCAGGCUGCACCAAGGCCUCAGCCGCCUGAGCCCCCUCCUGAAGCCCAGGAGGUCUCGCCGACAUCUGAAGAGCUGUCCCUCAGCCAGGAGGACCAGGCCAGCCUGCUGGCUCUCAUUUUGGGCCACAUCAUGAAGCCACAAACGGAGGGGAUGGAGCAAGGCGACGAGAGCAAUGGAAUCCAAUCAGAGGAGGCACUAACACACGGUUCUACCGCGUCUACUACUGACCGCAAGGAUGGUGCAGCGCCAAAAAGGAAACAGCUUGAGGCCAACGAGGUGCCUCCAUCUGUCGAGCAGCGUCCACCCUCUCCACCUGGACAACCUCUCCUCGGGAACGCUCAGCAGGUCGGCUCUGAAAACCGACCCGCCCAAGAUAUCAGCCCCGCCGUGGCGGCCGCCUUGCUCCAGCUCAUCUCUCAGCACGACGCUGAAGCCGGGGCUCCUCGGCGCAGCAAGGACUCCUCUCCAGCUGCGGACGCUCUGGCCCUGGGGCAGCCCCCGCCGCCCUGGGUUACAGACUCUUCCCCGAAACCUUCAGCUGCAGCUGAGGCCCCGGCAGGACUGGUGACGAGCGCUCCUGCCACUAAGGUGCAAUUCCCAAAGGACCAGGACCUCCGCUUUUCACACAGAACCGCCCGCUGAUCCUGGGUUCUUCGGUGAAGUGGACACGGCAUCGUGUGGUAGCGCCAGCAAUCUUUGCCUGUUAGGAAGGGCCUCUGCCGAAGGGCGCCGAGAGGUUUUGACUCGUGAACCACCCGAUGGGGAAAAACUGCUCUUCAGCAGUGAAAAGUGAAAAGAUACCGAUGAAUGUUGCAAUGAACUGAACCAGAGGUUAAAGAUCUUUUAAGGUAGGGUGAGGACCCCCCCCCCCCAGCCUGCACACUGAUGACAUCACCUGAAUCAAAUCCAUCUCCAACGCUGAGGGGUGCACAGCUGGAACUCGCUUUGGAAGCAGCGUCCACAACGUGUUUGAGGGUUGGCUGUGUCAGCAUGUCUUUAAACUCAAGUAUGUAAUGGGGUGGGGGGCUCGAAAACACUGCAAAGCCUCAUUUUCACCUCCCUGACCCCGGUAACCCCAAAGUUAGGUCUGCCUAGUGGGGGCGGGGUGUGUCUGCAUCUGCAGGAUUCUCUGUUUAAUUUUACCCAAAGCAGUUUUUCGUCCCGUUAUGUUCCACCUCACAGCUAAUGGCGUAGUGCCCACCCUCACCCCCUGUGUCACCAGAGUUAAACCGCCUCAUAUCCACGAUAUGCUCGGUAAAGAACAUGCUGUUUUUGCCCGUGAAGUGUGCAGCCAGCCACACUGGCUUCUCUCGGUGGGCUCUGUAACCCUGAUCUGAUUUGGUCUGCCCUUUGCCUUCCUACAUAAAAA